AUGGACUACCCUGAAUGUGAUAGAUUAACAUUUUGUGGAGUUUUAGUUGGUUUUCUGGAAUUAGCAUUUGCUUAUUGUCUUCUAUGUGUAUCAGCUUUCGUCUUCAUUGCAUCCAAGUUCUUAGUCUAUAUGCCUUGUCCCUGUUCUGGAAUUUUUGUGUACCAAAACAAUGAGCUCUGCAUCCAGAAGUUUCUCUUCGAUUGGCCAUUUGAGAUCAUACUCAGAAUCCAGACGAUGGCAAUCACCACUAGACCAAGAGUUUGGCAUCAUCAAGAACAAGAAGAGAGGAAGAAUUCGGUUGGUAAAGAUCAGAACUUGGAACUGAUGAUGAACAAGGUGAGAUUGCUUGAAGAAGCUGUUGAGGAAGGGAGAUUAGCUCGAGCCUCUUUAGUGGUGGAAUUGGAGGAAGAAAGAGCAGCUUCGAGAUCAGCAGCUGAUGAAGCCAUGGCUAUGAUUCUGAGGCUACAAGCUGAUAAAGCUUCGCUUGAAAUGGAAGGGAAGCAAUACGAGAGAAUGAUUGAGGAGAAGUUUGCUUAUGAUGAGGAAGAGAUGAAUGUUCUCAAGGAGAUUCUUUUCAAAAGGGAGCGAGAGAAGCAUUUUCUUGAGAAGGAACUUGAGACUUACAAGCACAUUGAUGAUGAUGAUGAUGGUGAUGAUCUUGAGAUGGAAGAUAGAGAACCGAUUGUGCAUGAUGUUCAUGUCAUUGAGGAUGACAAUAAUACUAAGAUGGAGGAUGAUGAUGAUGCAGCGGAUAAAGAGAGGGAAAGUGGUGAUCAGUUUCAGAUGAAGCAAAUGGAAGAUAUAGGAAAGGAUCAUGAUAAUUCAUCAGUAUCAUCACCUUCUUCAGCUUCUCUACAUCUCUCAUAA